GGAGCAAGUAUUGCCUAUUCUAUUGUGGAGACGUGUUGUGGCAGAAAAAUUGCUAGUCCUGAAAAAAAAGUUACACGGACACUCCAGUUUCCUUGGUGCGAUACGGAACACAGUUUUGGAACUUUCAGCACCACCACAGCUGAUUAAAGCGCUCAAGGAGAAGAUGCAAGUUCUGGCAUGCCGUGGCCCGGGGAUGAAGGUGCAGAGAGAUGGGAACAAGCAUGGAUGGCCAUAAAGAAGGUGUGGGCAUCAAAGUGGAACGAGAGGGCAUACUUCAGUACAAGAAAAGUGAAGCUUGAUUAUGACUGUCUUUGCAUGGCUGUCAUAGUUCAAGAAAUAAUAAAUGCUGAUUAUGCAUUCGUUAUCCAUACUACUAACCCAUCUUCUGGGGAUUCAUCAGAAAUAUAUGCUGAGUGGAUCUCUAGAUUCAACACCUGGAUAGAAAAAAAGGAAGGACUGCUGCAGUAUCUUCUUACAUAGGCUAAUUAAUUUCUUGUCUAAAUCAUGUAAUCUAGAGAGAGAUUGUUCUCAUCUUCCACUGAAAACUCCACUGAAAAUUUGGCUGCUCCCUCCAAGUGAUGCCUCCCAUUCAAUUGAUGACAUUCUGAUUCGAGCUAAUGCUAUGACAACCUCGCGCAUCUCUGGCCUGUCUACAGCCUCUUCACUUAGACACCAUUGUGCAAUUUCACCCAUCUGCACCCACCA